UGUAAACUGCAUUCCUUGCAGUGCUUCACCCAAUAACACACAUUCAAUAGAAGAAUAUAGAACUAUUAUUAUUAUUAUUAUUCUGCAAAGAGCUGUUCAAUGGCCAUCAAGGGAACUACAAGGUCUGUGCAUUCAGACAUGAGUUUAGAGGAGUUCAAGGAAUGGCUAAGCAAGUUUGACACUGAUGGAGAUGGAAGGAUUAGCAAAGCUGAGCUAAAAAAAGCUAUCAAGAGUGUUCAAGGUCGGUUCAGCUCGUGGAAAAGCCGACAAGGAAUUCGUUUAGCAGACUCGGAUGGUGAUGGAUUCAUUGAUGAGAAUGAGAUUGAAAAUCUUGUUGAGUUUGCUAAGCAGAACAUGGGGUUGAAAAUUUCAGUUUAUUAGUAGUAUGUAUACAGUAAUUCUCUGUGUCUUGUUUUUGCUGUUGUUUGUUUUCAGGUUUGCAGUUAUAAUUAAUGCAAAUUAAAGGGUGGCAGAAAUGUAUGCAGGAAUGCAUGCAUGAAGUUAUCUGAUUGUGGGGUUUGGUGUGUCAAUAAUGAGUACUGUAUCUGAUUUAUGUUUUAAUUGAAGUUUUUCUUUUAAAAGUUA